AUGGAAGUCUCUCCUGCGGUUGUUCAUUAUAAUAAAAAUUUUACGGUGAACUGCAUCAUUAGAGACUUAGCUGAAGAAUCAACGUGGUUCAUCAAGGCACCAAAAGAUGAAAAAAAAGCACCCAUUUCUAAACGUCUCUAUCAAUUUCAGAAAAAUGAUGAACAAUCUACAAGCAGAUUUGAAGUGCGUGCAACUUCAAUUUGGGAAGGAAGUUAUACCUGUAUGCUGACUUUUGAAAAUGGAUCAAUCACACAUGAAGCCAAUUCUAAUGUAGAAGUCCAUCUUCUCCCUGAGGAAAUAGUAGUUAAACCAUUAAAUUACACAGUAUUGCAAGAAAGUGGUCCUAAAGAAUCUAUUAAGUUUCAAUGUUGCAUCAAGAACGACAGUGAAAGCUAUGAUGUUUCAGUGAAACAAGAUGGUGACACUGAUGCAAAAGAGAAUGCUAAAGCAUGCAUCGAGGGGACGUUGAGUGACUACCAUUGGAACCGUAGCAAACCCAACUCGUAUAUGGAAACUAACGUAUCCUGUCCACCAAAUACUUCUGGCAAAAUAUUAAGAUUUUGCAAGGAAAAUGGCGAAUGGGACGAAGUGUUUGAAAAUUGCACAUCAAAUUAUUUGCUGAAUUUAUUGUAUAUGGCAACGGAGAUCAGGGAAGGACGUGGUGAUGUGAUAAAAGUGCUGACGGAAGUGCUGACGGAAGUGCUGACAGAUAUAAAGAAUGAAACCAGCAGGUUUGCUAAUCCAAACUCUCGAGUUUCUGUUACCAUUCUAGAUACACUUUCCGAAGCUUUAAAGAGAGAAGAUGUUCAUGUUUCUAACCAAAAUUUUUUAGAUUUACUUAACAUUUCAGACUUCAUUCUUCUUCAGAAAACAAAAAGUACUGACACAGAUCUGAACUCCAACACAUUACUGAUGUCCAUUGAAACAUUUGCUGCAGCUUUAAAGCCCGGUGCUGAUGUCAAUAGCACUAUGGACCAGAUUACAAUAAGUACAGAACAGUUUAAUACUACUAAUCAGGAUUAUUACUACCAGAUGAUUUCUAACAGCUCUACCACAAUAAAUCUGACUGGUUGGACACCACAGGAUAAUGUCACUUUCCAAGUACUGAGUGUUCUCUAUCAAGAUUUGAAUGAGAUUUUAAUUCCAAAAGGACAAGAAGCAGAGCAGUCAAAAGAGCAGCUCAAGGCGCAGACCAAUAUUUUAACAGUAACAAUGAAUGUCGUUCAAAACAGAAGCCAACUGAAAAUACCAAACAUUACAAUUACAUUCCUUCCAAAAAAUGCACAAGCUGAUCUGAACACUGCAAAGUGUGUGUUUUGGAAACAACAAAGCUGGUCAGACGAAGGCUGUGAGUCCAAGAGGAUUGGGGAUAAAAUACUCUGCACAUGUAACCAUUUAACAUCCUUUGCUGUGCUAAUGGCAACAAAGGAAAGAGACAUCCCAUUUCUUGAAGAACUGACCUACAUAGGAUUAAGCAUUUCCAUUCUAUCACUAUUAAUAUGGAUCAGUAUUGAAAAAAUUAUGUGGCAGGCAAUCACUAAAACAAGCAUUGCCUAUUCCCGGCACAUUACUCAGUUUAACACUGCUAUUGCUUUGUUACUUGCCCAAAUUUCAUUUGUAGUUGGUGCAAUUGAGCUGGUUAAAAAAGUUAAGUUACUUUGUAUAGCGGCAACCAUUCUCACUCAUUAUUUCUUUCUCUCGAUGUUCUUUUGGACAUUAAAUCAAAGUCUAACUCUCCUCCAUCAGAUUAUCUUCGUUUUCCAUCACAUUAGAAGGGUACCCUUUCUGUCAUUUUGUUUCAUCCUCGGCUAUGGUUGCCCAUUGGUAAUAGUAAUUUCUGCAGCCUCAAUAUUCCUGAAGAAAAACAAUUAUAAGCAUAAAACUUACUGUUGGCUAGCUGUUACUCCAUCCUUCUCAUUCAUCAUUCCAGUUGGAUGUAUUGUUAGCAUCAAUAUGAUUAUCCUGACAGUAGUCAUUCUGAAACUGCUGAGGCCAAAUAUUUCGGAAGGAUUAAUGGAGCAGGACAAAAAAACAAUUAAAAAAAUCAUUAAAGCUGUCCUUAUUCUCACUCCAUCUUUUGGAUUGACCUGGAUCAUUGGAUUUGGCCUGAAUGACAAGUCUCAUGAUUUUCUACAUUAUACAUUUGUCUUGUUAAACACAUUGCAGGGUUUCUUUAUGUUAGUAACUGCUGGAUUCACAGAGGCAAAGAUGCGGGAAACAUUCUUUAAAAAUUUCAGGUCAAUGGUCUCGCGAAGUACAUCUGAAGUUGUCACAACAAAGCAAUCCUUUCAAUCAAGCACAAAGUAA